AUGAUGGAGUGCGUUCUCACGGGCUUCGUCAGGCCGCUCUCCUUGCCAGCGACCGUGUGGCGCCUGAUGCGACGGCUGCUCAUCUCCGUGCUCACGUUCGUGCUGGACGAGCCAAACAUCGUGUGCCACCUGUACCUGUCCUGGAGGCGGGGGUGGGGGAUGCUGGCGUCCCACCACCAUUGUCGCGCACCACCCUUGUAUUACACGAUCACCUACCUCCUCGAGGCACGGCGUUUGAAGAUGCGGCCCUGCUCAAGUUUGUUCAGCUCUUGGUCAACUUGCUCAUGUCCGUGCCGUCGGUGA